AGUUAUUAAAUUUUUGAGAUUUUUGUUGUCGUAUGUGUAUUUGUAUCAUAAUCGACAUUUUUUUAAUUGGAAUAAAAUACCAAUUUGGCUUAUCAUUAAUUUUUUUCUAUUGUUAUUUCUCGAAAUUUGCCAACAAAUCAAUCGAUAAAUACAAAAUAACAUUUUUCUAUACGUAUCCUCCUUUUUUUCUUCAAUUCCGUUUCAUUAUAAAAAUAAUUGUGAAUCAAAGUGCGAAUUUAUUUUCGCAUUUUAGUCUCUAUACAUGAAAUUUUUAAGGCAAAAUAAAGAUUUUGAAUCACAUGAAUUUAUUUGGCGAUCAAAGAAAAAAAUAUCAAUAUGUUGGCGAAUCAAUAUCGACGACCAUGAUUGCGAUGAAUAAUAAUAAUAAUAAUAAUAAUCUUAUCAAUAAUAACAACACGAAUCAUCAUCAUCAUCAACAACAAGUGCUCAAUAGUUUUUCGACGACAACAACCUCUGAUGGUUGUACUACUACAGAUAAAUCAACCGUUUCAUCUGAUAGUAGUGGUGUUUGUACUCAAUUCGGCGAUGAUUAUCGUGAUGUUUUCGUUGAACCGAGACAUUUGGAAGAAAUCAAAGGCCAUGAUAAUCAUAUAAAUCAUAAUUGGCGCACAAAAGAACGUAUGAAAACUGUUAGCGUGGGAAUCGUUCUUUGUUUGAAUAUCGGUAUCGAUCCACCAGAUAUAAUCAAACCAAUUCCACAUGCUGUUUUACAAUCAUGGACCGAUCCGUUUGCAUUGGCUGCCAGCAAAGCGUCAGAUACAAUAGCUAAUAAUUUAAUGAAACAAUAUGAAAGAUUGAAUUCUCGUCCACGAUAUAAACAUUUAAUUGAUCCAACUAUUGAAGAUGUGAAGAAAUUAUGCACUUCAUUGCGUAAAACUUCGAAAGAGGAACGAGUUUUGUUUCAUUAUAAUGGACAUGGUGUUCCGAAGCCAACACUCAAUGGUGAGAUUUGGGUGUUCAAUCGUAACUAUACCCAAUAUAUUCCAUUGUCAUUAUAUGAUCUUCAACAAUGGAUGGGCUCACCAUCGAUUUAUGUAUUUGAUUGUUCAAAUGCCGGAAUAAUUCUCGAAAUAUUUCAACAAUCUGCCAUACAACAUCAAAAAGAAUAUGAAAUGAAUCUAAAUUCAGGAGCCUUUUUAAACACAAAAGAUGGCGAUCUGGUUAAUGGUAACAUGCGACCGCCACCGGUUCCAAACUAUCAAAAUUGUAUUCUAUUAGCUGCAUGUAGUAAGGGCGAAAUUUUGCAAUUACAUCCCGAUCUUCCGGCCGAUGUUUUUACAUCUUGUCUUACAACUCCAAUCAAGACAUAUUUGCUAUGGUUUCUCAAGAAAAGUGGUCGAAAAUUAACGCCUGAAUAUACAUUAGAUUUUAUCGACAAAAUUCCUGGCCAGCCGAAUGAUCGUAAAUCAAUUUUAGGAGAAUUACAUUGGAUUUUCACUGCCGUUACUGAUACUAUUGCAUGGAACACGCUUCCGCGUGAACAGUUUCAACGUCUUUUUCGUCAAGAUUCUUUGGUGGCAAGUUUAUUUCGAAAUUUUUUACUUGCUCAAAGAAUCCUUCGUUGUUAUGAUUGUACACCUGUAUCUAAUCCAUAUAUUAAAUCUACUCAUUCGCAUCCAAUGUGGGAAGCCUGGGAUUUCGCCGUAGAUCAUUGUUUAUCACAAUUGUUCAAAAAUGAGGAAAUCAAAACUAAUCAACAAGCUUAUGUACCAAGUCCAUUUUUUGCCGAACAAUUGACUGCUUUUCAAGUAUGGUUGAAAUUGGAUUCACAUUUACAAACAAUGCCAGAAAAAUUGCCAAUUGUACUUCAAGUACUUCUUAGUCAAGCUCAUCGAUGUCGCGCUCUUGAUUUAUUAGGGAAUUUUUUAAAUCUUGGUUCCUGGGCAGUUAAUCUGGCCUUAUCUGUUGGAAUCUAUCCCUAUGUACUUAAAUUGCUUCAAACAUCUGCACGCGAGCUUCGUCCGUUUCUGGUAUUUAUCUGGGCUAAAAUAUUAGCUAUCGAUGAAAGUUCACAGAUGGAAUUGAUUCGAGAUAAAACGCAUCGAUAUUUUAUGGUUGUUUUAACCGAUUCCAACAUAUCAAUUAAUCAUCAAGUGAUGAGUGCUUUCAUACUAUCCGUGAUGAUUCGCCAUAAUCCAAACGGACAGCGGGUAGUCAUACAGAAUAAUUCGGAUUGUCAGUUUGGAUCAAUAAUCGAUAUUGCCCUUAAUCUGUUGAUGGACGAUACUUAUGAUCAACCUAAUCUAAGAAAAUGGUUAAUUAUUUGUCUGGGAAAUGUAUGGGAAAAUAAUGAAGAUAAUAGAUGGUUAGCCACUCGGAAUGCUGUGCACGAACAACUAUAUUCAUCACUUAAUCAUUCCGUGCCUGAAGUUCGCGCUUCUACCGUUUUCGCCUUAGGGACGUUUAUUAAUAGCAUUACGCAACGUAACGAACAUGCUAAUGAAAUUGAUCGAAAUAUUGUUUCGAUAUUAUUACAAAAGGUCUGCUAUGAUUCAUCACCUUUAGUCCGUAAAGAAUUGCUCGUGGCAUUACAUUGGUUUAUUUUGAUUUUCGAAAAUAAUUUUCUGCCAAUUUUUCGUAAAAAAGCGUUCGAAGAUCACAUUGCUCGCCAACACAAUCCGAAUAAAUUCUCUGUAAAAGAUGCAAUUUUCGAUUCUUCGAUUCAUCAAUCCAUGUUGUCGAUAAAUCAAAAUAAUAGUGUCAACAUUCCCAGUAGUUUUACAGCAGCUGAUUUCAUCAAUUCAAAAAGUGAUGUCGGGUUUAAUGUACGACAAAUGUCUCGCGAAAGAAUUUCUCAAAAAUUAUUAACAGUGCCUGAAAAUGUUGACUCGGAUGAUAAAUCGAACAAAACCAGUGAAUUCAAUACCUUUGCUCAAAUUACACCGCCAAAUAGCAUUCAAAUGAGACAUUCGCAUUCAUUUAGUUCUACUUUAAACACUUUGACACAGUCGUUAACGAGCAUUUUUGAUAGAGUAUGGCUUGUGAUCGAAUUGUAUAGAAUUGAUCCACAUCCAGAAGUAGCGAGCUUAGCAUCAAUCAUUUAUAAUGAUAUCAGUUCCAAAGCAUUCACAAGUAAAGAUAAUUGUUCCGAUUCUUCUGAACCAUCAUCACCAACUAAUCGGUCGAAAUAUCUUUCAAAUGAAUCUCCAUUAACUAAUUCAAUGGAAUUUGUGGAAAAGCCUCUAUUAAUGAAUGAACAAUUGAAACAUCAUUCUGGUCGUGUAUCUGUAUCCGGUUUAACCAGUCCAUAUUUGCCUCACUCUAAUAAUCAUGCUCUAUUUAUUAACCAAUAUACUAUGAAAAGAAAAAUCUUCGGAAAAGAUCCAUCAUUGGUGAGCGAAAAGAAAGAGCUUAGAUAUGGCCCUCCCAAUGGAAUAUGUGAUAUACCUGUAAAAUCAUGUAAAGAAUCGACAUCUCCUCAAAAUAAUUCACUUAGUGAAUCAUCGUAUCAAACUUGUCGAAAGCCACUUAUUACGACACCAUUUGUUGAUUGGUGUACCAAACAAUUUAGUCAACCUUGUUCGCCUGCUGGAAUCUGUUGCUGUACAAAUAACGAACUAACUUAUCACGAUGAAAUCAGUGAAUGGCGAAUGAAUAUUAUACAAAAUUAUUGUCAAUCUAAAACAAAGCUUUUACUCGAGGAUCUUGUCACAUCAAAUAAACCGAGUAAGGUGACAAAAAAGCUGAUGGCUCAUUCGAUCAAGUUCCAUCCAUUUGAGAAAUAUCUAGCUACAGCCGAUAAUUAUACCUUUUCAAUAUGGAACUAUUCUCAAGCUAAUAGUCCUGUUGUGUCCGCUGAUUACUAUGACGUACAAACAUUUAAAAAUGACCACCUUUCUAGUGCCAAAAUAUCCGAUUUACACAUAAUUAAUACUCAUGGAAAGGCAUUACUGUUGGUCGCAACUGAAGAUAGUGCUAUUCGUGUUUGGCGUAAUUUAUUUCCAUUAACAUUUUCCGAAUUAUCCUUGGAAGAAUACGAAUCGCCUCAUAAGCCGGAUUCAUCGAUGCCAAAAUUAUCAUCGGCUUUUUUCAUGUUUGAAGAUUUGCCUUUGCGAACAGAACCUCGAAAACGAUUUGUAUUGGCAUAUGAUGAGCAAAAACAACGAAUCAUUGCUGGUGGUGAUAACAAAGCAGUUCGUAUUUGGGAUGCUAAUCAUGAAAGUAGAAUUCGAGAUAUGGUUACUGGAAGCGAUGUUGUGUCGUCAAUUCAGGCCGAUUCCAGCCAUUUUAUUUGCGUAGGUUGUGAAGACGGUGCUGUUCGAGUAUUCGAUGAUCGUGUCAAAUCUAAUGAUGGUCGAGUAUUGUCGUUUACAUCAAAAAUGACCCCUGUUGUAAAUGCGAAAUUCUGGGCAAAUUCAGAUUCUAUAAAUAUGGUUAGCGGACAUGCUAAUGGUGAUAUUUGUUGGUAUGAUAAACGUAUUACAACCAAAGCAGUUCGUGUAGAAUGUACAAAAAGGCCAAUUACGUCGAUGGUGUUCCAUAAUCUUACUGAUGUGUUUGCAUGUGCUUUUGACUAUGAACACUCUGAGAUUCAAUACUUUUCAUGGGACACAUUCAAAGGGUUAACGAUACGAACUCGUAAUCGAAACGUACAGAAUAUUUCGUUUCAUCCGCUCAAGGCAAAAAUUGCAAUAGCUACUUCCGACUCGACAGUGACAAUCUACAAAUCUCCAUUGCGUACUCCUUUUAUCUAUAAUUUAUUAUAACAAAAAUACGGACCUGAUGAUUUUGUAAAUAACCAAAGUUAUUUAAACGUUUUUUUGAUGGAUGAUAGUCCAAAUGAAUUUGUGCAGCAAAUAUUUUGUGAUAUUUAUUAC